AUGGGUCCAAGAGGUAGAGGUCGUGCAGGAUUUCGAGGAGGAGGAGGUGGAGGGAGAGGCGGCGCCAGAGGGCGUGGCGGCGGAGGAGGAGGAGGAAGAGGAAGAGGUAGAGGAGGAAGCAGAGGCGGAAGCAGAGGAGGCAGACCAUUUGGUCGCGCAUCCCGGUUUGACUCUGCACGUGUGGAGGAGAAGGAGUCAUCAGAUGAGGAUGAGUCUGGACAGGAUGAGAUGGACUCUGAAAUUGAGGAGGACUCUGACGUUUCCAUGUCUGAGGACGAGGAAGAAAACCCCCAAAACACGCGUCCGUAUCUUGCACUUCUUCAGGGGUUUACAGAAUCUUCGGAACCAAGCGCCAAGAGACGGAAACUUGAAAGUGGCAAGCCUGAAAGCAGUGCCCAGGCGGCAUCUGAGUCCGAAUCUGACGAGGAAGAAGAGGAUGAGACGGAAGGAAGGGACGUCGACAGAGUUGAGGAAGCAGAGGAUCCGGCGGCCGAUUUGGCCGAGGAAGAUGAGCAAAGCGACGACGAGGAUGACGUUGACGCCUCAGAUCCGUUCGAUAACCACUUUACGACACCUGACGAAGACCUGACGGCGAAGAGAGUCAAGGCAAUCCAAAAGAAGGAAUGGACUUUCAAGCGCGCCAUGUCAAAGGUCUCGAAAGCGGUUGUGACGUACCCGCAGGUGGAAGAUUCAGACGCACCAGCGAUCCCUUCGUCGAUAUCCAACCUGGACGGUCUCAAGCUGAAGCAAAAGCUGAGAGAAACAGCCUCCAGAAAGAUGACCACACUCAAUCCUCUGCAGCAGGCCAUCGCUCCUACGAUUUUCAACUACAACGACGUUCUGUAUGAUAACCGAAACACUCAAAAUUCUGAAGGGUUACGACAACUUGUGUGCUUGCAUGCCGUCAACCACGUCUUUAAGACCCGGGACAGAGUCAUCAAAAACAACUACAGGCUCGCGAAGGAGGAAAACUCGGACCUCGAGCUCAGAGACCAGGGAUUCACGCGUCCCAAGAUCCUCUUCAUCCUGCCGACAAGGCAGUCCUGCCUGAACAUUGUCAACACGAUCGAGGAGCUGUGCGCGCCGGACCAACGCGAGAACCGCAAACGCUUCGAGGAGGCGUACACCGAUGACGACGUCAAGUUCGGCGACGACAAGCCCGCCGACUUCCGUGAGCUCUUCGAGGGCAACGACGACGACAUGUUCCGCAUCGGCAUGAAGUUCACGCGCAAGACGGUGAAGUACUUCGCGCAGUUCUACAACUCGGAUAUCCUCCUCGCCAGCCCGCUGGGUCUCCGCAUGGCCAUAGGCGCCGAGGAGGACAAGAAGAAGAUGGACUACGACUUCCUCAGCUCCAUUGAGAUGGUCGUCGUCGACCAGGCCGACGCGCAGCUUAUGCAGAACUGGGAGCACGUCGAGUACAUCUUCGAGCACAUGAACCUCCAGCCCAAGGACGCCCACGGUUGCGACUUCAGCCGCGUCCGCAGCUGGUAUCUCGAGGACUGGGCAAAGUACUUCCGCCAGACCAUCGUGCUGUCGGCCUUCAAUACGCCCGAGAUCACCGAGCUCUUCCGCACGCAGUGCUACAACUGGGCCGGCAAAAUCCGUUUCCAGGCCGACUACGCCGGCGUUCUCACGCAGCUGGGUCUCAAGGCCCGCCAGACCUUUUCCCGGUUCGAGUGCCGGUCCAUCGACAAGGAGCCUGACGCUCGCUUUGACUACUUCAUCUCGGCCAUCCUGCCCUCGCUUAUCAAGCGGGCCAAGGACUCGGCCGGCACCCUCAUCUUCAUCCCCUCGUAUCUCGACUUCGUCCGCGUGCGCAACUACUUCUCCACGAACCCGGCUGUCGCCGCGCUCUCCUUCGGUACCAUCUCCGAGUACGCCGAUGUGCCUGAGGCUUCACGCGCGCGCUCUCACUUCCUCACCGGCCGGCACAAGGUACUCUUGUACACGGAGCGCGCCCACCACUUCCGCCGCUACCAGCUGCGCGGCGUCCAGCGCGUCAUCAUGUACAGCCUGCCGGACAACCCCAUCUUCUACCGCGAGAUCGCGGGGGGCUACCUCACCCACAGCGAGCAGGAUCUCAAGUUGGAGCCAGGCCAGGGCACUGUACGCUCCGUCUUCUCAAAGUACGACGUCAUGAAGCUGGAGCGCAUCGUCGGUACGCAACGCGUGGGCAAGAUGAUCCAGGAGAAGGGCGACACAUUUGACUUCGUGUGA